CCCAUGACAACCAGCGCUUCCUCUGCUAACUGCUUCCGACGUGGUGACUGUCGGCUUUUGUGAACAGUUUGUUACGCUUGGAAGCAGUUUGCCUCUUUUCUUUUGACCUUUGCUAAAGUAGCAAAAUGAAACCGAGGAAACAAAACGUGCUGCUGCUGUGGAUGUUGGUCUGCUCCGACAUGGCGCUGGCAAUUGAACCCAUUAGUACCACCAUAGCGGUUGGCAUGGCUGCGGCUCUCACUGGAUUUUUAGCUAGCUACCAGAACAUUUUCUACUACUUUCACGAGUGCUGUCGACCGGAGUGGAUUGAUUUCAACAGAACAGGGCUCAAGAAUGACUUGGAAAACAAACUGUUUGGACAGCAUAUUGCAUCACGCAUCAUUUUAAAAGCUGUGAAUGGAUUCAUGAGCAACAACAACCCAAAGAAGCCCCUGGUACUCUCUCUGCACGGAUGGACCGGCACAGGAAAGAACUUUGUUAGUCAGCUUAUAGCUGAGAACAUUUACAAGGAGGGCAUGGACAGCUCAUUUAUUCAUGUGUUCACAUCCAUACUUCAUUUCCCUCAUCCCAGCAAAAUAUCUGUCUACAAGUCUCAGUUACAGCAGUGGAUCAAAGGCAACGUUACCAACUGUGAACGCUCCAUGUUCAUCUUUGAUGAGAUGGACAAGAUGCACCCUGGCCUGAUUGACAGUAUUAAGCCAUACCUGGACUACUAUGACAAGCUGGAUGGAGUUUCUUAUCGGAAAUCUAUCUUUGUUUUCCUCAGUAAUGCUGGAGGGGACAGCAUUGUACAAACGGCUCUAGAUUUCUGGAGAGCAGGACGAAAUCGAGAAGAGAUCGAGCUGAAAGACCUGGAAACCUCACUCUCACUAUCGGUUUUUAACAACAAAAAUAGCGGCUUUUUUCACACAAGUUUGAUCGACAGGAAUUUGAUCGACUUCUUUGUCCCGUUCCUUCCUCUGGAGUACCAGCAUGUUGUCCAAUGCGCCAUGGGUGCGAUGAAAGCCAGGAAGAUCAAGCCAAACACAGAUGUGGCAGACAUGGUGGCUAGAGAUUUAGUCUAUUUCCCCAAAUCUGAGCGAGUGUUCUCCGUCAAAGGCUGCAAGACGAUAGCGAGCAAACUGGACUACUACACGUAAUGUCAGCGUCUGACAGACAUGAUGUUCUGUCACUACGUGCACUUUUUAAAGAGAAAACUCUCACAGCCAAAUGAAUUUAGGACUGCAAGUCAAGCCAGCUGAAGAUGUCUGUGGAAGUUUCUCUGUCAGACCUUUUGUGGCAAUUAAGAUGAUAUCAGGAGGCCUUCUCCUGUGUUGCUUCUCACUUACACUGAAUGAAGAGGCUGAUGAAGAGCUCAGCGCCAGCUGAAUAAAAAUUAAAACGAUUGAAACGCAAGCCUUUGUAACUGAUUAGGGAGCUUGAUAUCUACUUUUGUAUCAACAAGGUUCUUGAGAGUUUUAUUUUAAAACUUCUUAGUGGCGAAGGGUGUCUUUCUGUUAGUGAAUUUCACUGUUGUGCUUUUUUCAGUGCCUACACCACGUGUAUAGACUACUGGGAAAUCCUGCCUUGAUGCUUCAUUUUAUAAUUUUUUUUAACUGUUUCUCAGUAUGUCUGCUGUACAUUUAACUGUUAACAGUCUGAGUUGGGCAUUGUGUGUGAGGGCACUGCAGUGGAGCUGAUGAUGGAAACUUUACUUUUUAAAUACAAAAA